CAGACACCGUAGCCCGGAAGUCACAUGUUCAAUCGUUGCUAGGUUACGGUCACGCGCUGUAUGUCAAAAAGCGGGAUUUACAAAUAGAAGUAAAUUGUUCACCAUUUUGGUGACAAUAUACCGGGGAGAUGUUCAACUUCUACACGCACGCCCUCACGUCAGUGCAGGGUUCUCUUACCAAAAUCUGGUUAGCAGCACACUGGAAGCAGAAGGUCACCAAGGACCAUGUUUUUGAAUGCAAUUUAGAAAGAGCCAUUGGACAUAUUAUUUCUCCACAGACGCAAUUUGGUUUACGGACUUCUGGAUAUCUACUUCUUGGUGUGGUUCGGAUCUUCUCCAGAAAAGCCAAGUAUCUUCUAGCAGACUGCACUCAUGCCCUGGUUAAAAUUAAAGUUGCCUUCCGGCCAGAUGAAACACAAAUGCCUCUUGAAGGACUUGAGGCCACAGUCCAAAAAAUCACUUUGAGAGAAGAUUUUACUUCCUUCAAUGACCAGCUGCCUCACUCAAACGAUAUCGAAGUGGAUUUGAAUUGCUCCUCACUUAACCAAAGUCGACCGGAUGAAAUCACCCUUAAGGAGGAUUUUGGAAAUGCCUUUCUGAACUUCACUGACAUUGGUGAUGAGUCCCAGUGUUACCAGGAUUGUCCGCUUGAUACAAGCUUCCAGAAUAAUGACUCAUUUGGGGAUGAAGGUACUGGAUUGGAUUUACUCGACCUUCUCACAAAUGACAGUGAUUGUGCUAUGUUCACUGACAUCAGCUCAGAGGAGCCACAAAAGGACAAUCCACUCAACAACCAGCAUGGUGCUGACAGAGGAGAUCCUACAGAAGAAGAGUACCCGAACACGCCGCCCAAUGAGCAGGAGGCCUUGUUCCUUUGGCCUGAGUCAGCCACUUCGAGCACAAAGAAGACGAGGCCAAAGAGGGAGUGCACGCUAAUUGUGGACCGAAUGACGAUGCUGACCAAUAAUGCUAUGCAGAAGCAGCUCAGCGACUACUCACAUCUGGUUGUCCCCAUGGACAUGGCUCCCCCCACCAGACAGGUCAUGCUGUGGAAGGAAGGGGGCGCUGCAGUCAAACUGCUGGCACAGCCUUGCACCGAUGUUAUAGCGCCAGAGAUUAAUGAAACUUUUAAAAAGAGUGUUUACCUCCAUACUUGCAGUGAUUAUGACACGGUGGAGGUCAUGCAGCAGGAUGACCAUGAAGCACACAGGAACCUGAGCACAUUGGACACUGAAAGCAUCAAGGACCCAUCCAGAGAUCACGAGCUCACAGACACCCGUUACUCCAGCUCCAACCAGACUGACUUAGAGCUCACACGACAGGAUGAACACAGAUUGGACUUCAGUCAUCCAGAUCUUCCAUCGGAGGACUCCAUGUUUGUCCAUCCAUCUCACAUUGAGCAGAAUAGUCAGGCGAAAUCCACAAACACUCAGGCACAGUCUUUGAUGGGCAGCCAAGACUUGGAAGCACAGAGGGUCAACAGACAAGCACAGAAGCUUCUGAAAUCACUACAACGUACCAGCGACACGAGGUUCAGCCUGAAGGACCUCUGUGCAAGAAGCACCCGCUCCAAGGCAGCCUCCACCUUCUAUUCUCUGCUGGUCCUAAAGAAACAACAGUCUGUGAACCUGCAGCAGAGUGCUCCUUAUGAAGACAUCUUUGUCAUCCCUGGACCGACAUUUUUUUCAAAGGUGAAAGGAAAGUCAACCUGUCACAAGAGCUACUACUAGGUACUACACUUGCAGAGAAAAUGUUUAUUCAUUAUUGCUUGCAUGUUAUGCACUUCUUUUUAAGUGAAAUGCAACAAAUGUUCAAUAAUAUUGAAGAAAAGCACCUUUGUGUUUAUUGUUUUGUUGGUCCUUUACAUAUGUAAAUAUGUAUUGCUAUGAAAUGUAUUUGUGUCUUACAGCAAUGCC